CUUACACAACUCUUCAUGUACUUUGUCAACGAUCGUCUGCUGUCUGAUAUGCGUUCCUUCUUUUUAUUAUUUCAUUUAUUUUUGUUUAGCAACACGAGUUUCUCUUUAUUAGUGUCUAUCAUUGUUAUCAAGAUAAGCCGAUCGGCGUCUACUGCCGAGUGUAAGGUAGCUGGAUCAAGUUUUGAAACAACAACUGAAAUAGUUUAGGGUCUAGUUUCAAGUGUGUGUGUGUUGAGUGUGAAUCGGGAGACGGUAGUGACACGCUGUCAUGUCACACAAUUUUCAGACGUUGACCUACUUGCGUUUUGGGAGUGUGCUGUUAAAAUUUCUCUGACGAGGUGAACACUAAAAAAGGAAGAGAAAGCAAUAAUUUAAAUGUGAUUUAAUUAUCUUUUUUUAUUCAAAAUUGGAAUUUUCUAAAUAAGCAAAUACGAGUCCUGAAUAUGUUUCUAUAAAUAUAUAAAAUAAAAGAAAUUCAAGACAACAUUUUUUUUGUGGAAUUGACGUCAUCAACCAGAGUUGUCAUUCUUUAGGCAGGUCGUGCUUUGAAUUCGCACCUAUGAAAACUUAAUUCAUUUAUGGACGUCUGAUUGGCUGACAUUAAUGAACAGCCCGGCAACAUAAACAGGAAUCAUCCAAAAAUAACCCUGUCACGUUAAAAGAAGACAGACAGGCAACACUGCCCGGGACUCACGGACACACACACCAAGGAUACGGUCGCGUGCGUCCGGCAAUGAGGAUUUUUAAAGACUUUGUUAAUUUUGAUCAGGUAAGAACUCGCACUGUUUUAAGUGAGGCUCCUCCGGCAUAAUUGUGUACACAUGUAUCUAUCUCCCUGAUGCAAGGGUCGCUUGGGUUGGUCCGGCAUAAUUGUGUACACAUGUAUCUAUCUCCCUGAUGCGAGAGCUGCUUGGGUUGGUGGCAGCCGACGCAUUUAAAACAUUUCAGCAGUAAUUUCAACUUAUUAGUUCGACCCAAGUUAAAAGUCAACUUGUUUUGGUUAUUAUUGUGUGGGGGUGGGGGUGAGGGAAAAAGGGGGGGGGGUGGUUGCUUUUAGAAAUGUCGUCAAUAAAUGUUAGUCCACCUGACUCGCAUCACAGGUCACGCCUUUUUAAUGCAGAUGACCAACAGUUAUAUUUAUACAAUCAUGACCGUUGCAUUCGAAAGGUUGUUGAUGGUAUUUAGCUUCUGGGGUAGAAAAUACAUUUACGUAUCAAAAUUGAGGGUUGGAAAGGUGGGGGGGGGGGCAAUGACCGACAAGACACAGGUUAAAGUUAACCAUAUUAUUUUUUGUCGUUUGGUAACAUGCAAAUGUAUUUCACCAAUUGUAAUGUUUUGUCCUAAGACCAAGACACCGGAACACUGACUUGAGACCUAGUCACGAGGCAUUGAAUUCGGAAUUCAAACUUAUUGACAAUAGCAGGAGACCUUCCCCCUCCCUCCUUCGCCCCUCCCUCCCUUCUUCGCCCCUCCCUCCCUUCCUCCAACCCUCUCUCUUCUCUCUCUUCUCUCUCUUUCUUCUCUCUCUUCUCUCUCCCCUCUCCCUCCCCUCUCUCUUCUCCCUUCCUGUCCCCUCCAUUUAUCUCUCCCUUUCCCCCUCUCUCUCCCCACUCUCCCUUCUUUCCUCUUCCCUAUCCUCUCCACUCUCCUCUCCCAUCUUUUCUCCUCACCUCUCAUCUCCCCUCGCUACUCUCUCUUCUCUCCCCUCUCCUCCCUCUCAUCUCCUCUCUCUUCUCCCUCUUCUCUCCCCUCUCUCUCAUACCCCUCUCCUCUCUCUCUACCUCUCUCUCCUCUCUCUACCUCUCGUUCCCACUCUCCUCACUCACUCCCUCUCCACCCCUCUCUCUCACUCUGUCCACCUCUACAUCUCCCUGUCUCUCUCCCUGUCUUACCAUCUGCUCUCCCUCUCUCACUCUCUCCCUUUUACCUCCCCUCCUCUCUUCCCCUCUCUUCCCCUCUCUGACUCUCUAGCUUUUCCGGCGGGGGGGGGGUGGGUCAUGGGGAAAAAGGUUGGGAACCACGGUAGGGUGUUUAGCUAGCCAUCCAUACAAUAGCAUGUGUGUCGACGGUGAAGAAUGUUUUGAAAACAUCACAGACAUCGGCGACUAUUUCUGCCUGUUUAAGAUUUAUUUCCGUUUAUUAUCCGCGCAUUGACCGUAACAAAUGCAGAGUUUGAAUGUGUCCUUAAGACAGAGUUUGAAUGUGUCCUUAAGACAGAGUUUGAAUGUGUCCUUAAGACAGAGUUUGAAUGUGUCCUUAAGACAGAGUUUGAAUGUGUCCUUAAGACAGAGUUUGAAUGUGUCCUUAAGACAGAAUUUGAAUGUGUCCUUAAGACAGAAUUUGAAUGUGUCCUUAAGACAGAGUUUGAAUGUGUCCUUAAGACAGAGUUUGAAUGUGUCAUUAAGACAGAAUUUGAAUGUGUCCUUAAGACAGAGUUUGAAUGUGUCCUUAAGACAGAGUUUGAAUGUGUCCUUAAGACAGAAUGGCGGGUGUAAUUAUUUCUGCUUUAUAUAGAGAUAACGAUAUACAGAUUGCCUUAUAAAGAAGACCCUGUGUUGUGAAUCUAUCACAUAAAAAAAUGAGCGCUCACUUCAAGACUGCCUGAAAGAUGAAGACACAUAAUAUGUAAGGCUUUGACAGGAAUGUUAUAAAUAGUAGGAAGCUUUCCCACACCCCCAGCUCAGUUGAAACCCAGGCGAUAUAACUUGAUGAGUACAGAGCCAACAUUAAAUCUGUUAUGUUCAUGAACUGAGAUGACCACUUUAAAAAUGACGCGGGCAACUUGGCAUUAACUCGAUCAUGCCAUAAACGUAGCCUCAAAUUGGGAUCAAGUGAAAUUCGGCCCUAAAGAUUUCAUAUUUGUUUUAAAAAAUGUGCCUAGCAACUGGGAAUCGGCGGUCUCGCGUUCUAUAAAUAGGCUUCUCGUCAGAUUAUUGUUCGCUUUCGUUUAUGUCAUUGUUCUAACCUGUAAUGCUUUCACUUAGAAGCGUGUGUUAAAGAAACAAAAAUAUAUAUUUGUACAUAAAGAGUAGCGUUUAAAUCAGGUGUCAUCAAACUAUGGCUCGCGAGCCGGAUCUGGCCCGCCAAAGUGUCCUUAAACCGGGCCUGCCGUCCCGCCGUAAAGUUAGCUGUUUGUCAGCGGCAAAUAAGGAACCAAACGUUCAUUAUCUCACGAGCCAACCUCGUUUUGGAAAUAUUAUCACGUUAGUUCACACGUUUUCCACACAACAAAGUUAUGGUGUUUUUUUUAAAAAAAAGUAUUUUUGUAUUUUUCUUUCAAAUAAGAUAUUUUCAGUUUGCACGGGAGUCGUUCCAAUUUUUUCUAAAUCUAUUCCGGGCCACCGAGAGUGUUUAACGAACACUGAUCCGGCCCACGACACGGUCUGGGCACACUGAUCCGGCCCACGACACGGUCUGGGCACACUGAUCCGGCCCACGACACGGUCUGGGCACACUGAUCCGGCCCCCCGACACGGUCUGGCACACUGAUCCGGCCCACGACACGGUCUGGGCACACUGAUCCGGCCCCCCGACACGGUCUGGGCUCACUGAUCCGGCCCCCCGACACGGUCUGGGUACACUGAUCCGAUGCUCUGUUUAAACAAGUUUUAGGAUCCCUGGUUUAAGUGGCACAACGAAAAGUCUCGGUUGUGUCUUACCAUCCUUCGCAUCGUGUUUUAUUUCAACCCAUUUGUAAAUGAUAAGACGCUCUGAAUCUGAAGUUAAAAUACAGUGAACUGUUAUUCAAUCGUGAAAUGCGACGUUUUGUUGUAUGGCUUGAGAAAAUGCAGGGUAACACGUGACUGUAGUCGACACCUGACAAACAAUCUGACAAUAGGAGGAGACCUCCCUUUCCCCCGAAAGCGAACACUAAGUAGUCGACACCAGAACCACGUUGUCAGUUAUAACCGAAUAGUAAACUCCAGAUAAUAAAAUAGACUUUUCCUUAACCCAGUGGUCGGCAAAUCACGGCUCGCGAGCCGCAUGGGGCUCUGCAGCAACCUGCCAGUCGGCUACAACUCGGUCUUGACUCCGAAGAACAUGGAUCUUGACAGGAUCUUGAAAAGAAAUGUGGCUCUCAAAAAUUUUGUAAUCGUCCCUGCUGCAGAUUUUGGGCUCUUUUGACUAAAGAGUUUGCCGACCACUGCCUUAACCUACUUAAUUAGUUCUUGUUAUUUUAUCCUAUACGGGGCCAGCAGCAAGCAAAAACUGGUUUUUAGAUUGACCGCGGGAAAAAUAAGAUGUUGAAGAAUUCGUUAAUGAUUAUUAUUAUUCCUCAUUGACAUAGUAUUGGCAUUUUCAUAUAUUCACGAAACAGUAAAUCUAUUUGGUGGCUGUAGGUUUGAUAGUUAAGCUCAAUCUGAGACGUCUCUUUGCUGGCUGUAGGUUUGAUAGCUAAGAUCAAUCUUAGACGUCUCUUUGGUUUGAUGGUUGAGCUCAAGCUCUAACACUAUGAAUGAAUAGACGUGAUUGAUUACGUCAUAUGAACGUUAAGUAAGACUCUCCCGCUAUGUCAUAUAGUAAGAAAAGGCCCAAACAAUCCCUAGUGCCAAAACAUUUCUAUAUUAAUUGGCAGAGCCUUUGGGGAAAAAGAAGUCUUUGCCAGCGACAGAUUAGCGGCAAGGCUCAAUUUUCACUCCUACUGCCAGACAAACUAUAAUAUUACCUUAUGGUCAAUUUGGUAAUAGGAUCACGUAAGCUUCCAUUCUCACUGGCAGACACACUGUGGUGUCACUCGGGGUAAAUUUGGUAAUAGGAUCACGUAAAGUGAAUAAAAUAAACAAAACUACAAAACUAUCAUUGGUUGUAGAGGUCUACGGUGAUCGAAACAUUCCGGUGGCUUAAUUCCUCUGAUCCUUAAUGAUUGCUAUCUCGGCAUUACUUGGAUCACCCCAGCACACUUAAGAUGACAUGUUCGACUGAGCGACUCAUCAGAAAUAUUAAUCGAAUCGGAUAGAUAAACACAAAAACAAAUGGAAUGUGGCAAUUUACAAUACUACUCUAGUUUACUGGUGAUAAAAUGGGCACGGUAUCACUCUAAUAUUGAUUGGAAGGUUUUUAAGGCGCUGGAAGCUAGGCUAUAUUUAAUUUGGAAAGUUUAAGGCACUGGUAGCUAGGCUACAUUUAAUUUGAAAGUUUUAACGCGCUGGUAGCUAGGCUAUAUUUAAUUUGAAAGUUUUAACGCGCUGGUAGCUAGGCUAUAUUUAAUUUGAAGGUUUUAAGGCGUUCGCAACGGGGCUUUGUAGGAACGUUUGAUUGAAACUCAACAGGAUUGGUCGUGGCACAGCGGUGCUCAUUUUAUUUCAAGCCCCCCCCCCCCUAACCCCAACAAAAUAAAAUAUCAAUUUUGUUGAUGGCAAAGUAAUUCCCACAACUCGUGAGAAACUGAAAUUUCCUUUGUUGCUGUCGUAGCUACCGAGUUUAUGAAAUUUUGGCUGUCCUGUUUUUGCAUUUGUCGAAACGGCCUAAUUUGUCUAAAACAGUGGUUCUCUACUCUCUACCUUCUUAAUGCCGCGACCCUCACUAGCAGUUCGUCUUGUAUUGGCGACCCCCAAUCAAUGUUCCCUUUAACCUGCGCGGCUGCGCGGCCGCGUAGCAAUCUCACAGACGCCGAGCAGCAGUUUUGAGUACCGCGCAGCUAAUUUCCACUUAAGUGUGUGUUUGUGUCUUUAGGCUGAAAAUUUUGCGCACAAAAAAAUUGAUGCUGUAAUAAUGUUCCCACAACCUUAUGAUUUUGCACACGAACCAACAAACCUUAGAGGGAACAUUGCCCCCAGCCACAAAAUUAUUUUCGAUGCUACUUCAUAACUUAAGAGUAUAUGUAUAUUUUCAGAUGGUCUCAGGUGACCCCGGGGAAAGGGCUGUUCGCCCCCCCCCCCCCCACAAGAGGUUACGACACACAGGUUAAGAACCUCUGUUCUAAAACAAAUAACCCCUCAUGGUAAUUCCUCAUUGGAACAAGACAGGAUUUAUUCCUCAUUGAUUUUUUCCCCACAUAAGAAUUAUCGUGUUGUUGCCAGGAUACCAGACGCUUUGUUUUUAAUGAGACCAAGAAUGUUUGGGAGUGGCUUCCCUUUGCCGGCCACAAAACACGACUUUAAAUGCCCGGAUAGUGGAUACGGCAACAUGUCUUCCAGGUCAUUUGGAAUCUGUAUCCACGGUGGUGUUGAUUCCAAGAUAACGCACACUGACAUGUUAAAUCGCUUUUAAUCUUGACGGAUCUGAGCUCUGUCCCCAUUCACUGACGAAAGUCGAUCGUUUUAAGAUUAUCUUUCUGGUUCGCGCCCUUGUUUCUAAUUACCAUCAACCGCUGACGCUGGCACUCGGUAAUCUCUUUUAUUAGUUAUGCCGAUCUUAGUCCUCACAAAACGGACUUUCUUUUUCUUUUUUUUUUUGCAUGUGUGCCUAUCAGCUACACGAGCAAUCCAAGGCUGAUGUGUUGGAGUUUUGUGUUUUGCAUUCUGUCUCCAAGUUUUUUGUUGUUGUUAUAAUUUUUACGUAGGUGUGUGUGUAAAUCAAUAUUAUUUUUGAGGAUUCAUUUCUCGUUUUAGAUGCACGAUCGUGGUUUCUUGUGUUUUAGAGCGUGUUUUGUUAACGCCUGAAUGUAACACGCAUUCUCAACAGUUUAACGCUGCCUGCAUUUAUCUUGAAGAAGGUUGUAUAGUUCAAGCACCAGUGUUGGAGGAUUUUGGUUGAUUGUGAGCGGGGGGGGGGGGUGUUCAUCAUUCCUAUGGUUGAAGGAACCAUCAUUCUUAUGGUUGAGCGAAUCAUCAUUCUUUUGGUUGAAGGAGUCAUCAUUCUUAUGGCCAGAGUUUUACAUUCUUUUUUUCAGACUCCGACCGGAAGGAGUAAAAAUAUCCCGUAGUAACUUUAUGACAGGUUGAUAGUGUCAUGGAGCAUAUCCUGUUGGUCGUCUGUUUGUAUGGGGACCAGAUGUCACACACGUGGUGGUCCCUGGGCGAAAUUAUUUUCUGAAGGAUUCAGUGACGCUCUUGGAGAUAAAACCUGUCAACGUGACAGUCUGAAGUGUUAUUUCAGGGGAGAUUACUCACUGUUUUAAUGUGUAAUGAGUUAUCAGGGGAUUAGAUGAAUUACGUCUUGCGUCCGAGAUGUCAUUUGUUCCAACCUCGUAACCUGUAAAGGUAGAAUUAAUUCAGUUUAUUAUUUUUUUUCUCCAUUCACAUCUAAAUGGUUUAAUUUCACACACGAAUCUUACACUUGGAAGUUGAUAUAAAUAACUUAGAAUGAACAUGACAGAUUAUUCAUUGAAAGAUGUGUGUGUGUGGACUACAAUAAAUUAAGGACUGCGUUCACGCUGAGAGAAGGAAAUAGUAGAGGAAAGGUAAGUGCUUGCUUGAAUCGAAAGGCCGGACACUAAGAGAAGAAGAACGUUUAGGCUAAGAGCCUUCCUCAGCAGACGGGACAACACUGGUUUUAACUAGUUUCUAUUUCUUGUCGCAUUUUCAUGUGCCUGUUUGUUUGUUUGUUUGUUUGAUUAUUUCCGCGAAGGUUUUUGCAUGGUUUGAUCGAUCUGAAUUCGAUCUCGACCUAACUUGACACAUACUAUAUCCAUCAUCAUCCAGAUUCAAAUACUGGGUUUAAAAAAACAACAACAACUUUUUUAUAAUAUUCUGCUUAAACCCCAAGUUCUUUUUGUUGUUGUUACAUGAGCACUAAAAAUAAAUUACCAACAAAUCAUCCUACAAAGAUGGAUGGAUCGUGACCAAACUUAGUGCACACACACUUGAUUACCCGUAUUCAAAUACAGAAGGGUGCUGAAAUCAUAAUAUCUUCUCUUUUGGGGCGGGUGCCCCCAGUUCAUUUUUAAAGCUAAAUAUUUAAAGCUAUAUAUAUAAGCUAUAUAUAUAUUUAAAGCUAUUUUUGUAUUGAAAUACAAAACGCAACAUUACAAAAACUAUUUACGAGAAUACCCAUUCUAAGUCUUUCAUCCCUUGCAACCAUAAACAACACACGCCAAUAUUCAUCUUUCCAGCUAGCUAUUAUCUAUUAUAUUGGAGAUAAUAGCUAGCUGGAAAAGAUUUUGGACAACAUCACCCCAGCAGGUGUUUGCGAAAUAGAUGUGUUUUCAAUUCGGUUCUGAAAGAUUCCAGUGUCUGGCUUUUUCUGAGAGCGACAGGAAGUGUGUUCCAAAUUGUUUAGGUCGAGGAGUUAUUUGCCGGUGGUAUACGCGACUCGCAUUGAAUUAAAACAAAAUACAUUUGUGUAAAAGUAAAUAAAUAAACAGAUAAUUUUUUUUUUAUAUUUCUCAAUUUAACAGACCAUUUCUAUUCGAAAAGUGCCGACUUUCCCCUUUCAAACCACCACGAGCCCUAAAAAAAAUAUUUUGUGUAUCAAUUCUUUAUAAACGUAAUAUUGAGCAUUUAGUUGCGGCCUAAAAUUUGACAAAACAUGCAUUCAAGUAACGCACUUUAUGAGAAUCCCAAUUAGUUCACCACCACCCCCACCACCACCACCACCCCUUGCAAGGCUCGCAACCCGCAAAUUGUUCCACGCCCCUGAACUACAUUCAUAUUUUAAUGACCCAUCCGCUUGUACAACUCAGAUUUAUUUCAACAACUAUUUCAAAUUAAAAAAAAAAAAAUACGCACCAAACGCACUGGCGAUAUUUUUAAGAAUCUCAUUUGGUGCAGUGAUCGGGAAUUUUACUUCGUGAAAUCAAUGUCACCAUAUGUCCGUUAUCUUCCCCUUGAAAAACAGGAAAAAAUUGAUUUUUUUUUUUUUGGGGGGGGGGGCGGGGUUUUCGGGUGGGGCUAACAAUUGGAAAGAAUAUUUUUUCCUCGGCAACGGUUCUAUGUGCCAUGUUUCAGCUCGAUAGGUUGACGGGAAGGGGUUAAGAGUUGUAAGAAAAGAAAGAACCUCAUACCGUUUUAGCUUGAGAACCAUACAUUUAAAAAAAAAAAAUAAAAAAUGUUGUCACCUUUUUACGGAUGUUUUCAAAAUAGAUUCAUAUAUUUCCACGUUAAAAAUCUCUUAAAUGUAGUGCUUUGUUACUUAAGCUUUUCAUUAAAUGUACUGAACUCCCAAAGUAGCAUUGUUACUACUGGAAGAUUUUAAAAUUUCAUGUUGGACUACGUUUAAGCUUCUGUUUGUUUACGUUCAAACUUACAGAAACAUCCCUGGCCAGCGGAUGCGGCCGCCAUGUCGGGUGACCUUGACCUCCAAGUGGGCCGACCCUUGACCUAUGACCCCGACGUGCACCGGGACCUGCACCACCAGCUCAAGUCCAGCCUGGAGGUUUUCCAGCCCAGGCGAUGGCGACCUCUGACCCCCGACCUCAUCCCCCAGACCGCGUUCACACGGUGCCGCCCUGUCAGCGGGAGGUAAGCGCUGUUCACUCUAAGUUUUGUCGUAGACUCGCUUACCGCCCUUGACGUCGACUUCUGUUGUGAGUUUUGACAUGACAUGACACUCGACCAAAGUCAACAACCAUCAGCAACAGCGGCUUGACCGCAACCGUUAUCCCGCUUAGUUAGUCGUCACUUCCGGUAGAUCCUCACUCUCUUUCUCUCUGUCAUUGUUUCUCGCCCCCUCUCCCACCUUUCGACACAUUACAUUUUUAAAAUGACAAUGGGAAAUUACCCCUCUCAAUUACCUCAUAUAAUUAACGGAAAAUGAUAACCCCUCUCAAAUAUCUAAUUAACUGGUAGAGCAAUCAGAUGAGGGGAGGGGGGGGGGUGCGAGUGGCGAGUUUAUGAGAAUGUGCAAUGAAAAGAAAACGCAUAAUAAGCUGUGCAUAAUUUUUCUCUCUGUAAUUUUUAGCUUUUUAUGUCAAGUUUUCCCCUUUUUGAACAAUGUUUGUUUCAUAAAAAAGUAUUCAGACAAACAAACAAACAGAGUUUGGAGUCGAAUAGAUGAGGUCUUGAAGUUAACUGGGCGCCCUGGGGGAGUUGGGAUGGGGGGGGAGGUGGAUGGGUGGUUCAGAAAAGGCUGCACAAAAAUAUUACAUGGAUCGUCGUUUCUGUUUUGCUUGAGAAGUCAUGUUUAUUUGAUCUUUGAUUGAAACGAUGAAAGACGUCGAAGCCACCACGUGAGCAAACAAAACACCCCCCCCCCCCUGGUUUCAUAGCUGUAGCUAUAACAAGAGAGGAUAACUGAGUGCAUACACUUUGUUUUCUUUCAGAUCCCAGUCCCAGUGCCACUUGACGUCACUGGCGUCCAAUCACAAGCACGCCGCACAUUCAGAUCUGCCGACGUCCCGCCCCGACAGUCGCGUCGGCUCGGCGAAGCUCCUGCACAAACGCCCAGACACCCCGCGGGUGAAUCACGGAAACUUCGACACCCUCAGCCCGGCCGUGUUAAGCCAGUUGGUUUCCGACUCCCGACCUUUGACCCCAGAGUCCACCUACGGCAGCGUCAGCAGACGGUCUCGGAGCUCAAAGUCUGGAGGCAAAGCGAGGAGGUACGCGAGGAGCCUGGGACGGUCAGACUCAGACAGCUCGAGUUACGACGCGGACAGCGACGAUGAAUGGGUCAAUCUUCUGGCCGGAAGCGACGACGAGAGCUUGUCCGAUAUGGAGAAAGGCAACGAGCCGUCGCUCGACCCGAAUAGACCUAUUCCGGAUCUUCACCUACGACCAGAACUCCUCGACCGUGAGUACGUCCCGAGGAGAAAGUCGGACAUGCGCCGUUUUGACUUUAGCGCCGAGAACAUUGACUUGCCUGUGUAUUGCUUCAAAAACCCCGUGCCGUCCCCGCUGGACAAGAUAAACAUCCGCUAUUGCGCCUUGCAAAAGCUGGACUGGAAAAUGUCGCCGUUCGCGAUCGGCUCGAUCGACCCCGCCGUGUGCAGUCUGAUGGACCGUUUGGUAGAGAUUGAAAAGAUUCAGGCCAAGACCGCCAGGUGGGAGACACAGCGCGUCAGACACGUCAGGCGGGGUAAGAGCGUCACUACCAAAGCACGCAGCAAGCGCUGUUGCGCACCGUGCCUUCAGCCAGCCUGUGUCGGGGAUUGCCCGCAUAAAAGGGUGCACGCGGAUUGUUGCGUGAACUGCCGCCAGCCGCUGUGCACCGGGAGCUGCACGGACACGCGGUACGACCAGCGCAUGCGCCAAACGAAGGACGAAGGCGACCUGUCCUUGACCCCGAUCAACCCGUCGAUCGCCAGAAUGUGCAAGACGUGUCAAGGACGCAACAACGCCGUGGCCGCCCAGGAAAUCGCACAAGGUCGCCCCAGGUCGGCCAUGACGACCUUCAGCAGGAUGCAAGCCUCGACCAAAGGCCACACCGCCCGGCCCACUUCCGCCGAGGGGGUCCCCGAGGGGCUGCCUAUCACAGUUUCAAAAAUGAAACUCGAACCCCGGGUGCAGAUCCAGAUGUGCCGCCCCAAAAAACUCCGCCCCCACAGCCGGCAAGGGUUGAUACCGGGUAAAUCCAUCUCGUCAAACUUAAACCAGUCGCUGACAGAUCUGUCGGCGAUUCCCAAAAAAACUAGAGAGCCCAGAAAACUUAGAAAAAGUGUUUCUUAAUUCGGUAAUCUCUCUCCUCCCCUCCCCCCCCCCCAACUGAGUUUGUCCACUGCAAAAUCCAGGCGGCCUUAAUCAAAUGUAGUGUAUGUGUAUUCAGAAAACUUAGAAAAAGUGUUUCUUAAUUCGGUAAUCUCCCUCCUCCCCUCCCCCCCCCCCAACUGAGUUUGUCCACUGCAAAAUCCAGGCGGCCUUAAUCAAAUGUAGUGUAUGUGUAUUCGGUGCUAAGAAGUUACAGAUUCGAAGAUGGAUUGCUUGUAUAUUUUGAUGAAUGCAUACUAAAUGUAAGAGGUAGCUAUUUAUACCAUGAAACUAUGUGACAUUUCUCUCUGUAUUGUAUAUUAAUCCGCUAGCUAACUCGUAUUAAGUAAACCGAUCAAGAUAUCUAGGUUGUGAUUCCCUUUUAUGAUAGAAAAUGUCAUAAUGAAGAAUUAACCAAGGAGCCAUUUUUAGUUGAUUUAUGACCAAUUUUCACAUCCUCCGCGCGCAUGUCUGUGGUAAGUAAAUAAAGUUAGCCACACUCCACACACGUUGCAGUGGUAAGUAGAUUACGAGAGUCUCACACCACACGUAUGUCUGUGGUAAGUGGAUUAAGUGAGCCACACACCGCAAUAUCUCGGUGGCAAGUUGAUUAACUGAGCCACACACCACACGUAUAUCUGUGGUAGGUUGAUAAAGCGAGCCACACACCACACGCAUGUCUGUGGUAAGUUAAGUGAGCUACAUACCACAAACGUCUGUGGUAAGUUGAUGUAGCGAGCCACUCACCACACCUAUGUCCAUGGUAUGUUGAUUAAGUGAGCCACUCACCACACCUAUGUCCAUGGUAUGUUGAUUAAGUGAGCCACCCGCUAAACAUGUGUCUGUGGUAAGUUAAAAUUGUUCUUAAAAAAAAUCCCCCCCCCCCCCUUUUUACAAAAAAA